AAAAUCAUUCUGGUUUGGCGCAUCGCUUGACUAAUCACUGUAUCUUAUUUGUGAGUCUAGUGAAAGUGACUUAGAGAAGAAUUUGUGGAAGUAAGAAAUGAAUAAACCGAACCUCUAUCUGCGGUCUAACGGUUUACAGCGGCGUGACGCUGAGGAAAUUAUGAAUAAAUACGGUCAGCAGCUACAGUGGAAGGGCGACGCCAAAGAAUCGCUUCUCGAUAUCGGUUGUGGCAGUGGAGAUGUUCUGAUUGACUUUGUAAUACCUGCAAUGCCAAGAGCUGAUGCACAAAUUCUUGGAACCGAUGUAUCGGAACACAUGGUUCGAUUUGCGAGAAAAGCUCACUCUAGUAGAAAAAAUGUAUUUUUCGAUACCUUGGACAUAGGCGCGGAAAUAAAUUAUUUUUUGGAUAAAUGGGGUCAGUUUGAUCAUAUAACUUCAUUCUACUGCUUGCAUUGGGUGAGAUAUCAAAAUUUGGCGUUUUCCAACAUUUUCUCCUUGUUGAAAACUGGUGGAGACUGCUUGCUGGCGUUCCUGGCGCGAAAUCCGAUAUUUGACAUUUACGGUCAACUUUCGCGUUCCUCUAAAUGGACUAAAUAUCUGACAGAUGUGGAUAAAUAUAUUUCCCCUUACCAGUACUGUGAAAACCCUGCAGCUGAAAUUGGAGAAAUUCUUUCAUCCGUUGGAUUUUCUGAGUAUAAAAUUCAGAUAACGGAUAAAAUCUACGUGUACGAAGGAAUUGAAAGUUUAAAAAAAGCUGUCCAAGCUGUUAACCCGUUUAGUGAACGAAUGACACGAAAUUUACAAGAAGAUUUUUUAAACGACUACAUUGGAGUUGUUCAAGGGAUGUCUUUGAGCCAGGAUUACUGUGAAAAUGGAAAUGAUUACAAGUUCAUUACACCGUAUAAAUUGGUGGUGGUAUACGCUGUCAAGUGAAAUACAAGCUGUGUUUUGAAUUAUACUGUUUUGAAUUGGGGAAUAUGUAUCCAAAUAAAAUUUAAACUGUUAAAAUAUUUAUUUUUGCCUAAAAGCUUG